AAAUAUAAGGCUCCAGUCAACGGCUUAAAGACACGAAGUCGUAAAUUUUUCUUCAUUACGUUUACCAGCGUUUUUGUGUGAUUUCAUCAUACGACAAUACAGCUCCAGGAUGUGGAGCCCACAAAAAGGUCCUACACGACUGUGGGACCUUAGGUUUAGUGUUUUACUUAUUUUACAAUUAAUGUUUAGUUUAGUCUUAGCUGGUAAUGAAUUGUGGCCCAUGGAGAGGCCGGAAGGUAUGCCAAACAUAGUCUCAUUAGAAGUGAUGUGCGGUAAGGAUCACAUGGAUGUUCAUUUAACAUUUUCACAUCCAUUUGAGGGUAUUGUUAGUUCAAAGGGUCAACACAGUGAUCCACGUUGCGUUUAUGUACCUCCAUCGACGGGUAAAACAUUCUUCUCAUUUAGGAUAUCGUAUUCGAGAUGUGGUACAAAACCAGAUUUAAAUGGACAAUUUUAUGAAAAUACGGUGGUCGUGCAAUAUGACAAAGAUCUGUUGGAAGUUUGGGAUGAAGCGAAACGUUUACGUUGUGAAUGGUUUAAUGACUAUGAGAAAACAGCAUCGAAACCACCAAUGGUAAUUGCUGAUCUGGAUGUAAUACAAUUGGAUUUCAGAGGUGACAAUGUCGAUUGUUGGAUGGAAAUACAGCAUGGUCGUGGCCCCUGGGCACCACCUGUUAGUGGCAUUGUACCAUUGGGUUCUACUCUCACCUUGGUGGUGGCCAUCAAUGAUUAUCGUGGUGAAUUCGAUAUGCGUGUGAAAUCUUGUGUUGCUUCAGAUGGUUCCGGACAUGUCAUCAAUCUGUCCGAUGAAUUCGGUUGUGUACUGCGACCCAAAAUGAUAUCCCGCUUUUUGAAGUCUCGGGCACCGGAUGAGCGUGCCACCGUUAUAACAUAUGCCUUCUUCCAUGCUUUCAAAUUCCCCGAUGCCUUGAGUGUUCACAUUAAAUGCAAAGUGGAAAUAUGUCGUCAUGGCUGUUUGGAUCAUUGCCAGUUGGCGGACAAUUCCAAUGAACGCAAAGACAUCAUACGCGAUGAGAAUAUGAUGAAUAAUAAAAAUGAUCUGCUACAUGAAAUGACAGCUUCGCAUCAUGGAGGUGGUGGAGGUGGUAUGAUGGGUCCGAAUAGUCAUCACAAUAUAGGAGGAGGAGGUGGUGGAAUGGGUCCUGGCGGUGGUGUUGGUGGUCAUACAAAUGAAAUGGGCAUGGGUUCUGUGGGUGGUGGUGGUGGAAAUAUACCUCCUCCCCAUCCUGGCCAUGGUGAUGGCAGUGACCAUGAUGUCUUCUAUGAUGAUAUUAUCCACAAUCGUAAACAGCUGUCCCAAAUCAAUAGCGGCAUUGCCAAUAUUUUGGAUCAUUUCAAUAAUGUCCACGAAAAGAAUGCCAAUUUGCCACCACGACCCGUACAUGAAGAUCCCGAGGAACAGGAGUUGGAUGACAUCUUUGGUGAAGAGGAAUUGGCCAAUUUGGAUGAAGCCCAAUAUAUGGAAUUAAGGAAUAGUGGUAAAUUCCCGCAUGGUCCCAGACAGUUGGCUCAAAAACGUAUGGGCGUCCCGAUGGCAGGGCCACGUUCUCUCGAACCUAAAGAUGAUGUGCCACAUCCUGUGUAUCGUCCUCAGGCGGAAGCUUUAACCCAACCACGUGAAGAUCACAUCGAUUUGGAUAAAUUGAACAAAGAGGAGGAGAAGGAUGCAUCAAAGGAAGGAAAUGAUAAAAAUAAUAAGACCACCACGACCGAAGGUACUCCCAGGCGUCGUCGUCGUUCUAUUGUAAUUUCCGAUCGUAAGGUGCGCAGUGCUGAUGUGGGCGUCAGUGGCCUAUACGAUGUCAUCUCGGAGGCCGACUUAGCUUUCUCACCCGAUACCAAACAGGAAGCGGUAACGGUGUUCCAAGGAAAAAUAACCGAAGAAGUGGUCUAUGGUAUUUGCAUGCCUGUGCCGGGCUUCAGCAUUCUCUUUAUUGUUGUCAUAUCGGCGACAAUUGUAUCGGCCCUGAUUGCCGGUUCCCUGCUCUAUCGGUAUCAGUUACAGAAGGAGGCCAUGGAAAAGGAAAAUCCCAUGCCCGUGUAUGGUACCCUGGCAUCUUGGAUGACUUUGCGCAUGUUCCGUAUGCGGCAACAGGCCCAGCAGCAACAUGAACAGAAUGCGGCACAAAAUGCAGCCGCCGUUGCUGCGGUGCACAAUUCUUUGUCGGCGGCAGCAGCUGCUGCUGCCACCCUCACACAUGAAACCCUACAAUAA